AUUUCUUACAUUUAUACACCUCCCACUAAAUCUCGAGCUUCCAAAACUCUCUCUUUCUCUGAAAAACUUGUAUGAUUCUCCGAUCGCCGGAAAAUCAAACUCCGGCGACCCAAUGCGACCAAACCCACAACGCAAGCAUCUAUCUUUCUGAGCUUUCUUCUCGAUACCCACAAUGUCAGUGUACGACGCUGCUUUUGUGAACACGGAGCUCUCGAAACCGACGUCAAUCUUCGGGCUCCGGCUCUGGGUCGUCAUCGGAAUCUUAGUCGGGUCUCUGAUAGUCCUGACCCUCUUCCUCCUCUCGCUCUGCCUCACCUCGCGCCACCGCUCCAAGGCCCACAAGGCCCAGCCCAAGCCCACCACCGACUCGCCCACUCCAGUGAUAUCGAAAGAAAUCCAGGAAAUUGUUCACGACCUCCAUGUCGAGAUCGGGAAGCCGGACCACCGGGUCGUGGUGUAUUCGGACCGGGCGUCGAGUGGGGAGAGUAAGGGGACUUUGAAUAGUGGGUGUGAGACGGCAUCGUAUGGGAGUGGGAACGUGGUGGGGCCUGAGGUGUCGCAUCUGGGGUGGGGAAGAUGGUACACUCUGAGAGAGCUUGAGGCGGCCACCAAUGGGCUCUGUGAAGAGAAUGUGAUUGGGGAAGGUGGGUAUGGGAUUGUUUACAGCGGGAUUCUCAGUGAUGGGACUAAAGUCGCUGUUAAGAACUUGUUGAAUAACAGGGGUCAAGCUGAGAAGGAAUUUAAAGUGGAGGUGGAAGCAAUUGGACGUGUGAGACACAAAAAUCUUGUAAGGUUGCUGGGAUACUGUGUUGAGGGUGCAUACAGGAUGCUUGUGUAUGAGUACGUUGACAAUGGCAAUCUGGAUCAAUGGCUUCAUGGGGAUGUUGGUGAAGUCAGUCCGCUAACAUGGGAUAUUCGUAUGAAUGUUAUACUGGGAACAGCGAAAGGGUUGGCCUAUCUUCAUGAGGGUCUUGAACCAAAGGUUGUUCAUCGUGACGUGAAAUCAAGCAACAUACUAGUUGAUCGCCAGUGGAACCCCAAAGUAUCUGAUUUCGGGCUUGCUAAGCUCCUGUGCUCUGAGAACAGUUAUGUGACAACUCGAGUGAUGGGAACAUUUGGUUAUGUUGCACCAGAAUAUGCUUGCACAGGAAUGCUGAACGAAAAGAGUGAUGUUUAUAGCUUUGGAAUACUUAUUAUGGAGAUUAUAUCCGGAAGAAGCCCUGUUGAUUAUAGUCGACAACAAGGAGAGGUUAAUCUAGUAGAAUGGUUGAAAACCAUGGUUGGGAAACGAAAAGCUGAGGAAAUAGUUGAUCCCAAGCUGCCUGAGAUGCCUGCUUCAAAAGCACUUAAGCGUGCUCUCCUGGUUGCUCUUCGAUGUGUUGAUCCUGAUGCCACAAAAAGGCCAAAAAUGGGACAUGUGAUCCACAUGCUUGAGGCUGAUGACUUGCUUGUUCGUGAUGAACGCCGAACUGGUAGAGAUACGUCCCGAUCAGAUCCUGAUUAUCAACAAGACGAUCAUGUUGUUGUGAAGAUAGCGGAUAAACACUUGAAUGAAGGGACUUCUGAUACUAGUGAAGGUGAUACUGGUAGGAACCAUCAUCAACCUACAAGGUGGAGAUAAUGCCCUUGGAAGAUUAGGUGACUAACAGCUUUAAGUUCUGUCCAAGUUUCUGAAGCUCAUUUUCUUCCACCCUGAUUUUGGCAGUAUCUUCAAUAAUUUACAUUUAUUUCAUGCUUAGUUACAUAUAUUUUUUUUUAGGAUGGGCAUCGUAUUUGGAUGCAUUUGUACAAUUCAAACAAUUUGUUCUUCAUUCUUAUAGGAAACAUAAUUCAUCGAUAUUGUUUUG